AAAAGAGAGAGCAGUGUGGUUGUAUGUUUUUUUCUCUCUUUCUGUCUCUUUCUAUCUCUCCUCUGUCGGGAUCUAAUGGUGAAAGCGGCUUCAGGAUAUUGACUAACAGUGAAGGAGGAACCUUCCGGGCUCUGAGGGCAGUAUGGGGUCUGACGAGUCAUACAACUUUGUCUUCAAAGUGGUUUUGAUAGGGGAGUCUGGUGUAGGAAAGAGCAACCUCCUGUCUCGCUUCACUAAGAACGAAUUCAAUCAUGACAGCCGCACCACCAUCGGCGUGGAGUUCAGCACCCGCACCGUUCAGCUGGACACCUUCACCAUCAAGGCUCAAAUCUGGGACACAGCGGGCCUGGAGCGCUACAGGGCUAUCACCUCAGCGUAUUACAGGGGAGCAGUAGGUGCUUUGCUGGUCUAUGACAUCAGCAAGCACUUGACCUAUGAGAGUGCAGAACGAUGGCUGAAGGAGCUGUACGACCACGCUGACCCUCAUAUUGUGGUGAUGCUGGUGGGCAACAAGAGUGACCUGGAGGCCCUCAGGACGGUGCCCCAGGAGGAGGCACGGGCCUUUGCAGAGAGCAAAGGUCUGAUGUUUAUGGAGACAUCAGCGUUGAGCUCCACCAAUGUCGAAGCUGCUUUCAGUGAAGUUCUCAAAGCAAUCCAUAAGAAGGUGGCCAGUAGAGAGGUGACCCGAGGCUCCAUCAGUGCCGUAACCUUGUCCAGCCCCAUUGGACCGUCCAGCGAGGCCAAAGAGGAACGCAAGACCUGCUGCAGGAACCUCUGAGAGCCUCGGCGACUGUUGACUCCUCUCUCCGACUUGACCUGGAAUUAACACAAUGCCUUGACUGUCAUUCAAGCUGAAGCAAGAUGUUGCUUAUGCACAAUUUGAAGAGCAAGGUACCGCUUUGACACGGGUGCAGUCAAUCUACAAAUCUCUUCAAAUGCAAGGGCUUCAUUUAACCCAAAAUCAAGCGAUCAAGUGGCAGGAAAAAGUUACAAAUAGUUAGAAAAUCUGUAUUUUAUGUAUUUUCUGUCUAGGUGACUAAUUCGCACAAACUGUAAACUAUAAAUUUCUGUAAAAACAAAACAAAACAAACAAACAAAAAAAAACAC